AUGAAGUUCUCCAUCGUUGCCUUAGCUCUGAGCGUUUCGUCCGUGAUGGCUUUGCCAUCCGAGGCAGCCAGUGGACACAGCUUGCUCGCCAGAGACAGAGUCAAGUUGAACCAAUACCGUACCUUGGACGACUGCAAGAACGACAGAAACAUAUUGUUUCACGCCGCUCCUCCCGCAAAUAACUGCUAUGACCUCGAUAAGCAGACCGGUGCUUUCUUCUACAACACUGGUGGUUACCUUUUGAGCCAAGGCAAGUUCUAUCCCCAAGUUUAG